AGGUCCGGGCGCGAUUUGGGGCGUUUUGGGGGGUUUUGGGUUCUUUUGUUUUGGUUUUUUUUGGGGAGGGGGGGUGUCCCGGCCCCGGCCGACCCCUGUGUGGCUCCCCCCCCCCAGGAUGGCGGCGCUGGCGCCGCGGGAGUUCGCGGCGCAGGUGGUGCCCGGGUGCGUGGUGCCCACGGCGCGCCAGGGCCUGGCCCAGCUGUGGCCGCUGCUGCUGCUCUGCCUCGGGGCGAGGGUCCUGCACCGCCUCCCGCUGCCGGUGGGGGGCAAGCACGCGGGGGCAGCGGCGGGGGGGCUGCUGGCCCUGCACCAUUUCUUCGGGGCGCAGGCGCUGUGGGUGGCCCUGCUGAGCGGGCUCUGCGUCCUCACCCUCCUGCUGAGCCGGGCACGGCCCCAGAGGGGGCUCUGCCUCGCCCUGGCCGCCCUCAGCUACCUGCUCAUGGGGGAGCUGCACAUGGUGGACACGGUGACCUGGCACAAGAUGAGAGGGGCUCAGAUGGUGGUGGCCAUGAAGGCCGUGUCCCUGGGCUUUGACCUGGACCGGGGGGGCUCUCGGGGGGAGCCGAGCCCGGCGCAGGUUUUGGGGUACCUGUGCUCGCCCGGCUCCGUCGUCUUCGGGCCCUGGGAGCCCUUCGGGGCCUACCUGAGAUCCGUGGAGGGACCCCCCCUGAGCGCGGCGUGGGCGCGGAAGGGGCUGCGGAGCCUCGGGCUGGCCCUGCUGUGCCUGCUGGUCAGCACCUGCCUCGCCCCCUUCCUCUUCUCCAGCCUCCUGCCCCUCUAUGGGGCGCGGGCCCUGCACAGGAGCGUCUUCGCCAGGUGGCUCCGCGCGUACGAGAGCGCCCUGUCCUUCCACUUCAGCAACUACUUCGUGGCCUUCCUGUCCGAGGCCACGGCCACGCUGGCCGGGUCGGGCUGCAGCCUGCACCACGACCACCUGCACUGGGACCUGUCGGUGUCGCGGCCGCUGCGGGUGGAGCUGCCGCGCUCGAUGGCCGAGGUGGUGACCAACUGGAACCUGCCCAUGUCCCGCUGGCUGCACACCUACGUGUUCCAGACCGCCCGCAGAUUGGGCACCUUCGCUGCCGUGCUGGGAACGUACGCGGCCAGCGCCCUGCUGCACGGUCUGAGUUUCCACCUGGCCGCCGUUCUGCUCUCCCUCGGCCUCAUCACCUACGCCGAGCACGCCCUGCGUCAGCGCCUGGCCGCCAUCUUCGACGCCUGCUUGCUGUCCAAGCGCUGCCCCCCCCGCUGCCCCCACAGGAACAAGGACGUGAGCACGGCGGAUGGGGGGGAUUUGGGACAGUCUGGGG